AUGGGAUUCGAAAACGUGGUCAAAUGUCUGUGUGAGCAUGUCGACGUGCGAAAGACAAAUUUGGUCAGAGCCAAGGAAGGGCGCGGCCUUACGGCCCUGCACCUCGCAGCACUCAGCAAACAUUACGAGGUGGCUAGCAUUCUCAUCAAGCAUGGUGUUCCUAUCAACCUUUUGCAAGGAACCUUCGCCUGGUCAGCCUUGCACUGCGCUGCGGAAAGUGGCAACGCUGCUACGGUGCGGCUUCUUCUCAAUCAGGGUGCUGAUCUUUGGAGUGAGGACAUUGUCGGCUGGACACCCCUACAUCUUGCGGCCAUGGGCGGACACAGUGCAGUGGUCCGCCUGCUUCUGCAGAAUGGA